AUGGAAAGCGUGUUAAAUAACGGUGGACAGUACGCAGAAGGUGAUUUGCCUAAUGUUACAUCUUCACUAUUCAUGUCGUACGCAUCUAAUAAUCAAUCUUGCUUUGAAGCACAAAAUGCUAAAGAGCCUGGAUAUCCGGCUCAAGGUGAUUCCUUUACGAAUGAUGAUCCAAAUAUCAGUGCCAACUAUGGAAAGGACCUCGUAGAGCAUAUACCUGGUCUAUACCGCUUGUUAGAUUUGUGUAAAGACGAUGGAUCAAAUGGAUUAGUCGACAAAAUAAUUAUUUCUAAAGAUUCGCUUAAAAACCUUUGUAAUGAAAUGGUACCCCAUAGCUUUGUCUCUAUUUCAGAGAUCGAAUAUGAUCGCUUGAAUGUCAUUUCAUUUCGACUUAUUGGUUGCUAUGGAAAUAAUGCGAUUAUUGCAAAGCUCUUGUUAAAAAAGAAUAUAAUCAACCAAAAAAUCUUUGACUCACUAACAAUGUCAUAUUCGUCUGAAAGCGACCAGGAAGUUGCUCAUCAGCUUACUCUUCGAGCUGGAAUCUAUCUCUUGAUAAUUAAUCAUGAUCUUGGAUUAGUGAUUCAUUGGUCUGAAAAAGGAUGCUAUGAAGAAAAUGCAUCGUCGCAAAGAAAGAAAAAUAUGACUAACCUUCAUAAAUACCUUACUAAACUGACCGAUAAUCAAAUUUGUUUUAUGAGUGAAAAGGAUUUGGAAAACUUUGAUUUUAGCAUGGUAAAUGAAGAACAAGGUCCUUUUGAUGAAAAAAAUAACAUGUGCUAUGAAUUUGAAGUUAAAAAAAGUCAGGAAGAAAAAGAAGAUUUUAAAUUAUAUCCGGGUUUCACCGUCGAUCUCCCAUUUAAUGUAAAAAGAGACCUAAAAAAUAAUGGCGAUGCGGAAAUUUUAUUGACUCCUAUAGGUAUUUACAAUUCAUUAUGUAUUUAUUCCUAUCGUAUUGUGCCAACUUCUAUUAUGCGAAAAAAAACUUUUCAUUUUCCAGGUCGUACUUUCAAGCAAGACCUUCAAUUUCGCUUGCAAGGAUUAACUUUAGAAAUCAGCCGCAAUAUGAGCAUGAAAUCUUUAGAAUUACUUGUUAAAAACGGAUUAGAUAUGGAAAAAGAGCUUAUGAGCCCGUUAAAGGAUGCUAUCGCUUUAGCCACAAAGGAAAAUGAUUCAAAAAAAGAACAGGAAAUGCAUGAUAUAAAAAUCGAUGUAGAAUAUAUUACGGCUAUGUCCCGAAAAAUGUUAAAAGAAUUAUACAGUGAAUUUGAACAACUAUCUGACAAAGCUUCAAGUGCUCAAAUUGAAAUCGAUAACACUGAAAGAAUUGAAAAUAUCAUUCAAAUUAACUCAGAAGCUUGGAAAAAAAUGAAACGACGAUACUACAUCUUUACUGCAUUGAUUGCUGAAUUGGCCGUGGUGAAUAAAUCUGGCAGCGAUAAGCAUAACGCUGAGAUUAUUUUAAAAUCCUUACCAUCCAUACUUAUCGACGAAGAAAAUGAUCUACAAAAACUUUUCGAAAAAUACUUUGACGCUCAGAAAGGAUUUAUAGGAACAUUCGUUUCUUUCUUCACAUACGAAAACUCUGAUGACGUUUCUAAAUUAAAAUUCGAUGAUAUCAACAUAAAUGCAUUGUAUACUAGAGCUACCGAACUUUUAAAUAACCAAGAUGAUUGUAAUUUCAUUAAAAGGUUAUUCGAAACAAAUCUUUUCGAUUCCUGUGAAGAAAUUAGACGAAAAAUUCUUAAUUCUUUUUUUGAUGAAUAUUCAAAUUGGAGAGAAAAAACUUUUAGUAGAAAGAUUAAAGACAUUUUGCCAAAAUUUUCUGAUAGGAGCAAAGAAAUAACCAGCAGACUAGAAAAAGAACUUAUGAUGUUGAAGCGAGAUAUAGAAAAACGUGAAUUUGAAAUAAUAUGCCAAAAAGUUGAAGGAAAAUAUCCAAUAAACUAUUACCGUACUUCAUUUGAUUUUAUUGUUGAGGCUGAAAUUGAGGCAAUUCAGCCCGUUAAAUUGCAAAUAAAUAUUUAUGAAACAUCAUUAGACCAAUCUGAAGCCUUUGAAUUGAAAGAGAAAGAAUUUUAUGUACCUAAACCUAUAUUUCCUACGAAUAAUAAUCACAAAUCUACUGGAAUAUCUUUUUUGAUUGAUCCGGAAGUGUAUGAUCUAAGAAAAAUUUCUCAGUUUGAGAAUAAAAGGUUUUUCAUAAUACUUUGGAAUAAAAAACAACGUCGAUAUGAAAUAUUUUAUGAUGUUGCAUCACGCCUUACUGCAAUUUUUAAUUCAAAUUCAUUAAAACCUUUUAAGCGAUUAAAUUCAAGUGAGCAUUGUCUAUUUGCUAUUAAUGAACCGAGGGGCUUGAUUGGUAUAUACGACAUAAAGAGCGGUGUGUUAAAUGUUUACGCGUUUGAUGAGCAGUAUAUACGUUGGUUUCCACGUUAUACAAAUGUUCAAAUAUUACAAUGGUACAAUUAUUUGGCGCCGGAUAUACAACAUUUCUUUUUCAUUAAAGAUACAGAAGACAUAUGUUUUGUGGAAGUUGGAGGACGUGCACGCAUAUAUAAUCUUGUUAGUGGUCAGUUUCGUCCAGGAAUAGGUCACAUCCCUGCUAAUACAGCAAACGUUAUGUCUACUCCUGAUGGUGCAUGUAUUGUUGCUUUCGUAAAAGAGAAGGUACAAACGGAGCUGUCUUUUGAAGAGAGCAACCUUAAUCUUACAAACGAACAUAGUGUUACAAAUAUUAUUGAAAAGUGUUUUGCACACAUAUAUUUCUGUUCUAACUUUGGAAGUCAUGUAAAAGUCAUCGAGAUGCCUUCAUUUAUGAAAUUCCCUGAAUAUUCCACAUUUUCAUUCGUUCAGAAACGUCAAAUGCAUAUAACAACUCUUGAUCUUGAAAAAUGUUUAUUAUGUUCAUCAAUCGUAAAAAUUACUCUCGAAAAAACGCAAUAUCGAUUCCAACAAAGAUCCAGAAGAUCUUUAGAAGAGGCAAGAUUACAAAACACUGACUUGUCUAUUAUUGAAGGAAAGAACACAAAUUUUACAAAAGAUAUUCGCAAAGGAGACAAUAUUGUAUUAUCGUCUCAAAAAUAUAGAGUUAAAGAAAUACUUUCUGAUACACUUUUGAAGAUUUCUGAAGUUGUAAAACCUGUAGCAGACAAUGAUUGGGUGGAAUUCGGAAUUGAACCCCAAAUAAACCUCAAUAGACUUAUUGAUGUUUACAAAUCAACAUUUGAAAAGUAUCAAAUAGAUAAUUUUAUUGAUCCUGAACAAACAAAACCUUUAAGUUUGUUAAUUGCCUUAGAUGUACAAGAUAAUGAUAAGGUAGAAUAUUAUGUGGACAAAUUUAAAGAUUAUGUUUCGGAGAUGUUUGAAGAAUUAAGACGAUCAACAAAAAAACCUGCGACUUCACUAAAAAAGUUUACCGUAAAUGUUGCCACUUUUAACGAUUUUGAUAUUGACGAUAUAAAAUUCAAGCAAGAAAACACCACAGAAUAUCAACUUGGAGAAUGGAUAAUUCAAUUGUCAGUCCUAAUUCCAAUUCAAAUUGCUGUUGCACGUAAUAAUAUUUUCAUUCCGCUUCGGGAUGGUUUAUCGUCUGAGGUUGAACAAGGGGAACCUGAUGAUGAAUAUGCAAGACAUAUUGAUGCGAUUGCUCAAAAUAUAAGUUUUGGGUGGUAUGAAGGAAUAUUUAAGUAUUUUGAAAAUCGACAAGUUAAAGUAGUUAGUUCGAUGGGAGAACAAAGUUGUGGCAAAUCUUAUAUGUUAAAUCAUUUAGUUGGAACUACAUUUGACGGUUCUGCUAUGCGUUGUACUGAAGGUGUAUGGAUGUCAUUAGCAAUCACUAAGAAAUAUAUAUACGUUGCAUUGGACUUUGAGGGACUUAAAUCUCUUGAAAGAACACCUCAAGAAGAUUUAUUUUUGACCUUGUUUAAUACUGUUGUGUCAAAUAUGAUCCUUUUCAAGAAUCAGUUCGCUGUCAAUAGAGAUAUGUCUACAAUGUUCCAAAGAUUUCAAGAUAGCGCAACUUUAUUUGAAUCAGAUCCCAAGAUAUUUCAGGCAAAACUUUGUAUCAUUAUAAAGGACGUACCAAAACAAGAUCGGGAUGAUAUCGUCCGUGAAUUCUCAUUAAAAUUUAAUGCCUUGGUAGCUGAGGAAGGCGAAAAUAAUUUUAUAACUCGCAUGUAUCCAAGUGGAUUGAGUAUCAUUCCAUGGCCGAUUUUCAAUGACCCUGCUUGGUUUAAAAGUUUAAUAGAUAUAAAAAGGCUUUUGGACAAGCAACAACCUAAAUAUGAGAAUGCACGCACAUUUUUGCAAAAUACAAAAGUUAUCAUGGCUAAACUAAAGAUUUGCGAUUGGGGCUCUUUAGACGAGAACUUGGUGCAAAUUCGUAUAUCAACGCUUAAAAGAUUUCUUCCAGCAGCAAUUUCUCUUGGAGUUGAGAAAAAGUACCCAACUACUGAAUUUUUACUG